CAGUUUCUGCUGUAAUCACGCGUCGGUGUCCGUACGUACGCUGGGCAGCAGCGUGCGCAGGCCCGUCCUCAUCCCUCUCAUUCUCUCUCCGCUCACGCACAACAACACAUCGUGCGCGGCGUACACGUUGAUAAACGACAUGAUGUCUCUUUUGGCCGGGAUCGCCAAACCGCUUGCCUACGUUUCCCUCCCCGUCUUCGCUCUUCACACGCUCUCCAAGUCGUCCCCAAUAGCUCGCUACUAUGUCCGUCUUGCACUGUACCUAUCAACAUUGGGUGUGUGCUCGGCAUGGGGCGUAGUUUGUGCUGUCGGCAUGUCUCUCAUCGGCCGCAGGCUCGACGUGUUCUUCGUCGUUGCGCGCAGCUUCUACGCGUUGGCAAGCCGCGCAGUAGACAUCAAGUUGGUGGUCGAGGGUGCAGAAUACUUGGACACUCACCCCGCUGUGCUUGUGGGAAACCACCAGAGUAUGCUGGACAUUUUGUAUUUGGGAAGGAUCUUUCCCCGACAAGCGUCGAUCAUCGCGAAGAAAGAGCUACAAUGGUCCCCUUUGCUUGGCCAAUUCAUGUCCCUUUCGGGUGUCGUAUGGAUCGACAGAGGAAACAAUGUCAAGGCCAUCCGGUCACUGGCAGCAGCGGGAGAGACUAUGCGUUCGAAGAAUCUCUCGCUGUGGAUAUUCCCUGAAGGGACGCGCACGUUGCGCGAGCACUCGGAUUUACUUCCCUUCAAGAAGGGAGCGUUCCAUAUCGCUGUGCAAGCUGGCGUACCGAUCGUUCCUGUGGUCUGCGAAAACUACUGGAGGUUGUAUAGGAAGGGAGUUUUCGAGGGCGGAACGCUGAAACUCAAAGUUCUUCCUCCGGUAUCGACUGAGGGCCUCACGUCGGCAGAUGUACACGAGCUUGCGGAACGCGUGCAUGCUCAGAUGGUCGCUGCACUGCGCGAAAUAUCGGUACCAGCCGUUUCACCGACAGAGCCCGCCGAUUCAAAGUCACCACAAACCACCUUGGACAACUCUGAGCAGCCAGCAGCCGAUACUCUCCCGACCCAAGCAGGGUCUGUAUUGCCCGUAGAGUUGGAGCCUGCGCAACCCUCGGAGUCCGUAUCGGAGCUGGAUUUGAGCACCCUCUCCCGUUCGGAAAGUCGUGCCUCAACGCAGGCAUCAGAGGACACGUCGCCCGCCACUAGUAGCAGGCGCAGCGACAACGGGACAGAGACCGAGGAGGAUGACGGGAUGGUCCUGGUAGGGCGGCCGAAGUAGGGAGGGGGGUUUGCGAUUGGGCUAACUACACUUGCAUGUCUGUCAACUCACCCGGGAAUUAUUGGACUGUCAUUCUCAUCGUGCCCAGCUCGUC